AUGGGGACUGUCAAUGCCAACGAUACGUGUCACUCGUUGAUCCCGGGUGCGGUUUGUAGCGACGGUUUUUGCGCGUGCCCGGCUCAAAUGAUGGUGAAGGACGGGAAAUGCCAUCCAUUAUCACCACUAAAGGGUGAAUGCACGAUCAACGAGGAUUGUCGCGAGAUGAGCCAGUUGAGAUGUUCAAAUGGGCAUUGUGUAUGUGCACCUGAACAUGUUCCAGAGCCAUUUGUUGACAAUCCGAUGCGCUGCAUCCCUGCCGCAACCUGCCCGACAGCUAGCGGCCUUUUUAAAAAAUUACCAAUAUUUGCGGAAUGUAACGAAAUCGUGAAAUGCGCAGAGAACGAAUAUUGCCGUGAAUGGUAUCAAGAAGUAAAUACGGGAAGAAAUUAUUCUUUAUGUUGUCCGAAGCCCGGGAUCCAUGAAUACAAUACCGUAUGCGGAAGAUUUGGUAUGAGUCUGGUAUUAACAAAUUCUUUGGAUGCGCAAGUAGCUCCACUAUCGUGUGGUUUACAUACUAUUGAGGAUAAUAUGGAAUGCCCCGACGGCUCAGCCUGCGUUUUCAAUCCGUUUUCAAAGGGCGACGGCAUCUGCUGCCGGACAUUAAAUCGGAAUUAU